UGUAGACUAGUUCCCGAUAGACUUUUAGCAAGUCUAGUGUUUAAAGGACAAACUUUGACCCCACGAAGUAAAUAUCAGCCUCGUGUCCAUUCAUAAAACAAGCUGCACAUUAAGGUGUGUAAUUACUAAAAGCACUGGGUGUGAGGCUAACAUCGAAAUUAAAAAAAUGGCGUACUCCUUUCCACCACGAGGUUUUUCUCCAGCUUCAAACAAUCAACAAUUUACUCCGAAUUUCGGCUGGCCACCUUUUCCACCUCCUUUUCAACAAUCACAGGCGCCUCCGAGACCACCGUGGAACUAUUCAGCCGGGCCUGACAGGCCUCCAUUCCCCGGUGGAGGACCGCACUUUGGACCGCAAGUCCCCGUAAGGUUUGCCAAUUUGGAACCGUUCGCACGCGGUGAUCAUGCUCAGACACCGAGCGAGCGAGGCGGGCUUGCGCCCGGUCCGCGCGCCGCCGAGCCCGGGGCGGUACCAGGGGAGUUCCCGCUGCAGAGACCUGCCGGACGCGAAUCACGGAGUUUUCACCGUUCAGCCGACAGGACCAGAACCACAGACAUCACAGAGUGUGAGACUUGGCCGGGAGUCGUGGGGAGAAAAAAUCGGCGGCAUUUUCCAAAUGAUGGACAACACACAAGCAAAAACAAGAAUGGACCCCAGAAUUACACAAACGGCGGACCUUCAGCUUGGAAAAACCAACGAGACAAACCAUCCAAAAAGAAACGUCGUGGGACAGGAUCCAACGCUGCAAAGCAGUUGCAGGCAUCAAGCCAGUUGGAGCACUACUGUGAUGUGUGUGACCGGGGCUUCAAGUCUCAGCAAUUACUUGAUGAACACAUUGCAGAACACGUCAAGUGCAACCAUGAAGGCUGUAAGUUUGAAGCUCACUUCAAGGUCGUCAAGCUCCACACCAAGUUGCAGCACAGCGCAGGAAGUAAGAGAGUGGCUUGGAUGGAUACUCCUGCUGCGGUAUCCAAGUGGAGAGAGGAGCGAAAAAGGAAGUACCCAUCUCUCUGCAACAUCACCAAGAAAGCCGAGGCCAGGCAGAGCAAUGAAGAGAAAGGGGUUGUCCUCCAAAAUAAAUACUUUGGCAAAAUGCGACGGCCAAACCAAGGGCGGCAGAGACACAGGAACUUCCAGGGGGAUGACGGGAUUGAUACGAAGAAAGCAAGAAUGGAUGCCAUCCAGAACACAGAAGACAGCAGUCUGGAAAAGUCAAAGUCUAGCAAAGAUAAGAGCGAUACUGCCCCCUCUUCCCCUACAACUCAUCACCAGGGGGUGGUGGCCUCAAGCGGACAACUCGGAUCUCUGUCAGCUCUGACUGCCUAUGGCGAUUCCAGUGAAGAAGAGGAGGGAGAAAUUAAAGACGACGCCCCCGAGCCAGAAGUGGCCACGCCCCCACAGAAGCAGUCCCCGAGCAUCAGAAGAAACAACGGAAGACGCAAGGUGGGUUGGAAAGGUUUCAAAGGAAGGAAGGCGACCAGAUGCUCAAAGGCAGACCGAAGAGUUAACAACAGAGAACAGAAUGAUCUCCAACUCAGACUAAAGAAGAGACCCAACUUGUUGGAAAUGCUUCUGGCACCAGAGAUCCGCAAGGAACGUAACAUCAUUCUUCAGUGUGUACGGCACGUGGUCCACAACGACUUCUUGGGUGUGAAUCAAACCAAAGAGACGGAAAGGGAUUCAGAGAGCAGACCUCCGUCGAGCUCGGAAGAAUCUGUCAACAUAGAGUCCAAGGUAGAGUCGAGAGCAAUGAUCGGAAAUCCCACAAAUCUUGAUGUUGGUGUGGAGGAUUCGCAGUUGAACGAAUCGGAAGAAAAGACAGUUGAAAACGCAAUCGCCGUUCAAGGAUCUGAUUGGACAAAGAUACUGGACACAGACAUCGCAAAAAUUGCAGAUGAGCAAACAAUUUCUCAAGAAGGCAAAGAAGGCGUUUUGAAGGAAGGGACCAACGCGGAAGUAGCUCAACAAGAUGACAGUACCAGAAACGGGGAAAGUGAUAUUGGGACUGACGCAGUCAUCACUUACAGGGAAGAAAGAACUGACGGAAUAACAGAGGUAAACAGUUCAAAAAUUGGACUUGAUGUGGAAAGUGGUGAAGCGCUUAUUGCAAAAGGAAGAGAAAGUCACAUCGUCCAAAAUGGUGCUAGUUGUGAUAAGGUUACGACAGAUUGCAAUGCAAACCCAAGUGUAAAUGGAGUUCUGGGUGUUACAACUUCCAUUGGGGAAGAGAGCAAUUUGGAAACUGUGGAGAAUUUACCGAAAUUGGAAUUUCUUUUCACAAACCGACAAACAGAAGCAUUGUUUUAAAGCAGAAGGUCAGACGCUAUGGUUUGAAGUAAUAAUUUUGUCAAUUCUUGGUACGCUAAAGGUAAUACAGUCGACUCUCGUUAGUACAAACUCUGUUAAUACAAAAUUCUGGUUAUAACAAACAUAAAGCCUUAGUCCCAACUGUGCAUUUAUGUGCAGAUAGAAUGGGACUGAUGUUCCUCUUAAUAUAAAAUUCUGAUAUAACAAACAAUUUGGCUAGGUCCUAACGAGUUUGUAUUAACGAGACUCGACUGUAUACAACAUUUGCGAAUAUCAAAAAUCAAAACAAAAUUAUUAUGAACUAUCUUACUUGACUGUAACUGAAUACAUAAUAGUCUAAAGCAUCCUGUGAAAUCAUGGCACCUGUUAUGCUGUCAUUUUCAAGAAGAGUGGAAUAUUUGUAUUCAUUUCCAAAAACGAUUGACCAACCACUAUUGGGAAAAAAACUGACUUUUUAUUGCCCCCAAUUUACCAAUUUACAAAAAUGUAGUUAGUACACAUUUUUUUUGCAAUCGGUUACACAUCACGUGAACAGGUAUGGUGCAAGCCAGCGAAUCUGGUUCCCUGACUUGACAUUGCCCUGACGUCUAUUAAUUGUGCCAUUUCGUCUGAAAUAGUGUCAGGGAACCAGACUACAAGAACAGCAUUUUUUUCUUGUUUUUUGCAGCAUCCAUGAAACAAAACUUUAAACAGGUCAGUGUAACACAAUUUGCUACAAAUACUAACCCCCAAAUCCAUCCAUUCUGGAAAUUACCUCAAUAGCAAAUUUGAAUAUUACCUUUAACUCAGCCAAUAGACUCGAGGAAUGUGAAACAGGAGGGGAAUUGAUCGAAAGAACACCAAUAAAAAUCACAUGUAUAAAACAUAAAGAACAUAAAAAAACCUGUUUUGGAAUGAAAUCCGAGGAAGAAAGGGCCUGAAGAAAUGUAGGAAAUUGGAGGUGUAUUAAGCCAUUUUCAAGUAAUCACACCAAUGACAGGAACAAUGAUUAUUAAUUACUCAUUUUGUGUUCAUUGCGCAUAAGCUUCUCUGAAACUUUUCCUUCAAGAAUACAUGUUCACACAUUUCAUUUGGCUUAUUCAUUUACUGACCGCUUGCAGGUGUUCACAGCAUAAAGUAUUUCACGUUUGAAGUGGAAAGUUCCAAGUCCAUAGACUCCUUUAAAUCAUGGUCUUUGUUUUUUGGAACAUGGAAAUUGUCUUAAAUUGUUUACAGAUUAACUCGCCUUUUUUAAAUGCUGCAUUUAGCUGAUUCUAAUUUACUACAUGUAAGACUAAUGAAUUAAUUCAGUGCAUUUUUUGUCAUCGCAUUUUGGAACUAAUCUUUGAUAUUUCAUUUGAUUUUUUUUUAUCUGAAUGCAUCUCCUUUGAAUAAAAUAUUCACGACCUCAUAAUGUA